GUCAACUUUUCCGGCGAGAUCUCCUAUUCGGAGAUGUCUCAAGUGGAAGAUUUGUGGGAACGGUUGGUGCGAGCAGCACUACGUGGACACAGGGCUGCCGCUGGGAGAACGACAGGAGGGAUUUCUGCGAAUGUCCCAUCUUCGCUUGCGAAUAACAGGGAUAUAGAUGACAUUCUAAGAGCUGCGGAUGAGAUUCAAGAUGAGGCCCCUAAUGUGUCCAGAGUUUUAUGUGAGCAUGCCUAUUCUUUGGCUCAAAAUUUGGAUCCUAACAGUGAGGGGAGGGGUGUUUUGCAGUUCAAGACUGGUUUGAUGUCUGUAAUCAAGCAAAAGCUAGCGAAACGGGAGGGUGGGACGAUUGAUAGAAGCCAGGACAUUACUCUCUUACAAGAAUUCUACAAACAAUACAGAGAAAGGCAUAACGUGGAUAAGUUACGAGAGGAAGAACUGAAAUUGAGGGAAUCUGGUGUCUUCAGUGGUAAUCUGGGAGAAUUGGAGCGUAAGACUGUCCAAAGGAAAAAGGUUUUAGCGACUCUCAAGGUUUUGGGACAUGUCCUCGAACAGUUGACCAAGGAGGUUUCCCCCGAAGAAGCGGAUCGCUUAAUACCCGAGGAGCUAAAACGAAUGAUGGAAUCAGAUGCUGCUAUGACUGAGGACAUUGCUUACAAUAUUAUUCCCCUUGAUACCACUUCGACUACAAACAAAAUUGUGUCUUUCAAUGAGGUACGCACAGCAGUAUCAGCUCUGAAGUACUAUAGAGGCCUACCAAAAUUACCUGAAGAUUUUUCUUUGCCAUCAACAAGGAGCAUUGAUUUGUUUGAUUUACUGCAUUAUACUUUUGGAUUUCAGCAAGACAAUGUUUCCAAUCAGCGAGAACAUAUUGUCCACCUCCUCGCAAAUGAGCAGACCCGGCUUCGCAUUCCUGAAGGACCUGAACCGAUAUUGGAUGAGGCUGCUGUACAGAAGGUCUUCUUGAAGUCCCUUGAUAACUAUAUCAAGUGGUGCAACUAUUUGGACACCCCACCUUUUUGGAGCAAUUUGGAUGCAGUUAGCAAGGAGAAGAAGUUGUUAUUCAUUUCUUUGUAUUUCUUAAUCUGGGGUGAAGCUGCUAACAUCCGAUUCAUUCCGGAAUGCUUGUGCUACAUAUUUCAUCAUAUGGGAAGGGAGCUGGAGGAGAUACUACGACAACAGGUUGCAGCGCCAGCUAAGAGCUGCAUGUCUGAUAAUGGCGUGUCAUUUCUUGAUCAAGUUAUACGCCCUGUUUAUGAUGCCAUUGCGGCGGAGGCUGGAAACAAUGAGAAUGGCCGAGCACCGCAUUCUGCUUGGAGAAACUAUGAUGAUUUUAAUGAGUAUUUCUGGUCCCGUCAUUGCUUCAAGCUUGGCUGGCCAUGGCGGACGAAUUGUUCUUUCUUUCUGAAGCCAACACGCAGAUCAAAGAACAUUCUUAAAACUGGAGGUGGCAAGCGCAGGGGAAAAACUUCUUUUGUUGAGCACCGGACUUUUCUCCAUCUUUAUCACAGUUUUCAUCGCCUUUGGAUGUUUCUUUUCAUGUUUUUUCAGGGACUGACCAUCCUUGCUUUCAAUAAUGGGCGAUUCAAUUCUAAAACACUGAGGGAAGUUUUGAGUCUUGGACCUACGUAUGUUGUGAUGAAGUUUAUUGAGAGUGUUCUGGAUGUUAUCAUGAUGUAUGGUGCAUACUCUACAUCAAGACACGUAGCUGUCAGUCGGAUUUUCCUUCGUUUUGCUUGGUUCAGCGUAGCUUCUGUGUUCAUAUGUUUCCUUUACGUGAAGGCGCUUGAAGACAAUAGCAACCAAAAUUCCAACUCAACUGUCUUCAGACUUUAUGUUGUUGUUCUUGCAAUCUAUGCUGGAAUUCAUUUUUUUGUCAGCUUUCUGCUGCGGUUUCCAGCUUGUCAUCGUUUGACAAAUCGAUGUGAUAGUUGGUCUGUGGUCCGUUUCAUCAAGUGGAUGCACCAGGAACACUAUUAUGUUGGUCGGGGCAUGUAUGAGAGAACCACUGACUUCAUCAAGUAUAUGAUUUUUUGGCUUGUUGUCCUGGGAGCAAAAUUUGCUUUUGCAUAUUUUCUACUGAUUAGGCCGUUGGUGAAGCCGACAAGACAGAUAGUGGAUAUGGAUAUUGUGCAGUAUUCUUGGCACGAUUUUGUUUCUAAAAAUAACCAUAAUGCACUUACAGUUGCAAGCCUAUGGACACCAGUUUUUCUUAUCUACCUGUUCGACACUCAUCUAUUUUACACUGUUAUAUCGGCUGUAUGGGGCUUUCUUCUAGGAGCACGAGAUCGCCUUGGGGAGAUAAGAUCACUGGAUGCUAUGCAUAAACUUUUUGAGAGAUUUCCUGAGGCUUUUAUGGAUAGUCUUCACGUGCCUCUUAGAAACAGGGCUUCACUCCUGUCUUCUGGCCGGGUUUUGGAAAGAAACAAAGCUGAUGCUGCUCGAUUUGCACCUUUCUGGAAUGAAAUUGUCAAGAACUUGAGGGAAGAAGACUGCAUUACUAAUUUGGAGAUGGAACAGCUUUUGAUGCCUAGGAAUUCUGGGAGUCUGCCCUUAGUUCAGUGGCCUCUUUUCCUAUUAGCUAGCAAGAUAUUUCUUGCUAAAGAUAUAGCUGUGGAGAGUAAAGACUCACAAGAUGAGUUAUACGAUAGGAUUUCAAGGGACGAUUACAUGAAAUAUGCGGUUGAAGAGUGCUAUUACGCCAUCAAGUUUAUUCUUACAUCCAUAUUAGAUGAUGAAGGAAAGAAGUGGGUUAAACGAAUAGAUGAGGACAUUCGUGGGAGCAUAACUGAAAGGAAUAUUAAUGUGGACGUUGAACUGAAUAAGCUGCCACUGGUGAUUCAGAAAGUAACUGCACUAAUGGGAAUACUGAAAAAGGAGCACACACCAGAGCUUGAAACUGGGGCUGUAAAAGCUAUUCAAGAUCUGUAUGAUGUUCUGCGACUUGAUGUACUUCGCUUCAACAUGAGAGAACACCUUGACACAUGGAACAUGUUGUCAAAAGCAAGGAAUGAAGGCCGGUUGUUCUCAAAGUUAAAGUGGCCGAGAGAUGCUGAGUUGAAGGAACUGAUUAAUAGACUUUAUUCUCUCAUAACUUCUAAAGAAUCUUCUGCCAACAUACCCAAGAAUCUUGAGGCUAGGCGUCGGUUAGAGUUUUUUACCAAUUCACUUUUCAUGGAGAUGCCUUUAGCAAGACCUGUCCGUGAGAUGUUAUCCUUCAGGUAUGUUCUUUCACAUUGCUAUUGUUUAUAUUACCAUCUUCAGACCCGUUGUGUGAUAAAUUUCUACUCUUGCAGUGUGUUCACCCCAUAUUAUUCAGAAACCGUUCUUUACAGCAUGUCAGAACUCCUUAAGAAAAAUGAAGAUGGAAUUUCUAUUCUGUUUUACCUCCAGAAGAUUUAUCCAGAUGAAUGGAAAAACUUUCUUGCUCGAAUUGGUCGUGAUGAGAACAUCUCAGAGAACGAACUUAAUGAUAAUCCAAAUGACAUUCUUGAACUUAGGUUCUGGGCUUCAUACCGUGGGCAAACGUUGGCCAGAACUGUUCGUGGAAUGAUGUACUACAGGAAAGCACUAAUGCUUCAAUCAUAUUUGGAAGGGAUGAUAACUGGAGAUACUGAAGCAGGAAUUACACCAAGUGAAACUACGGAUCCUCAAGGAUUUGACUUGUCUCCUGAAUCAAGAGCACAGGCAGAUCUGAAAUUUACAUAUGUUGUCACUUGCCAGAUAUACGGAAAACAGAAAGAAGAGCAAAAACCUGAGGCUGCAGAUAUUGCAUUGCUAAUGCAAAGAAAUGAGGCUCUUCGUGUUGCUUUCAUUGAUGAGGUUGAAACUCUUAAAGACGGGGGGAAUAAAGAAUAUAUCUCAAAGCUUGUAAAAGCUGACAUCAACGGCAAAGAUAAGGAAAUCUACUCGAUUAAAUUGCCUGGAGAUCCUAAACUUGGUGAAGGAAAACCUGAAAAUCAAAAUCAUGCAAUUAUCUUUACUCGUGGAAAUGCAGUGCAAACAAUUGACAUGAAUCAGGAUAAUUAUUUUGAAGAGGCUCUGAAGGUGAGAAAUCUUCUCGAGGAGUUUUUCCGUGAUUAUGGCAUUCAUCCUCCGACAAUUCUUGGUGUUAGGGAGCAUGUGUUCACUGGCAGUGUUUCUUCGUUGGCAUCCUUCAUGUCUAACCAAGAAGGUAGCUUUGUGACAAUGGGCCAGCGCGUUCUGGCAAAUCCUUUGAAAGUUCGUAUGCACUAUGGACAUCCAGACGUCUUUGACAGAGUUUUCCAUAUUACUCGAGGUGGUAUCAGCAAAGCCUCACGUGUGAUUAAUAUCAGUGAAGACAUCUUUGCAGGGUUUAAUUCAACUCUACGGCAGGGAAAUAUUACUCACCAUGAGUACAUCCAGGUCGGCAAGGGGCGAGAUGUCGGACUCAAUCAGAUUGCACUGUUUGAAGGCAAAGUUGCUGGUGGUAAUGGUGAACAAGUUCUAAGUAGAGAUAUUUACAGGCUUGGGCAGCUGUUUGAUUUCUUCAGAAUGUUAUCAUUCUACUUUACAACUGUCGGAUACUACUUCUGCACAAUGUUGACAGUGCUUAGUCUUUACGCUUUUCUCUAUGGCAAGGCAUAUUUGGCAUUAUCUGGUGUUGGUGCAAGUAUUCAGGAUAGAGCUAAUAUAUUACAGAAUGAUGCUCUUAGCGCUGCUCUCAACGCACAAUUCCUUUUUCAGAUUGGUAUCUUUACAGCGGUUCCUAUGAUUCUGGGUUUCAUUCUGGAACAAGGUUUCCUAAGGGCUGUUGUCGGUUUUGUCACUAUGCAGUUUCAACUCUGCACUGUUUUUUUCACGUUCUCCCUGGGCACCAGGACACAUUACUUUGGUCGGACUAUCCUCCAUGGUGGUGCGAAAUAUCAUGCAACCGGUAGGGGAUUUGUCGUUAAACACAUCAAGUUUACGGAGAAUUAUAGGCUCUACUCCCGCAGUCAUUUCGUCAAGGGCAUGGAAAUUGUACUUCUAUUGGUGGUAUAUGCUGCUUACGGAUACAACGAGGGUGGUGCUUUAUCCUACAUACUUCUCACUGUUAGCAGCUGGUUCUUGGCUGUUUCUUGGCUUUUUGCUCCAUAUUUGUUUAACCCAGCAGGAUUUGAAUGGCAGAAGACGGUAGAAGACUUCCGUGACUGGACCAACUGGCUCCUUUAUAGAGGUGGAAUUGGUGUUAAAGGGGAAGAAAGUUGGGAAGCCUGGUGGGAUGAAGAACUGGCUCAUAUUCGAACCUUUGGAGGGAGGGUGAUGGAGACCAUUCUUAGCUUACGAUUUUUUAUAUUCCAAUAUGGCAUCGUCUACAAGUUAGAUGCUCAGGGAACAAAUACAUCUUUAACGGUGUACGGUUUUUCAUGGGUUGCAUUUGCUGUCAUUUUACUCCUCUUCAAGGUGUUCACUUUCAGCCAAAAAAUAUCAGUUAAUUUCCAGUUGGUGUUGCGUUUUGUCCAAGGCCUAUCGUUUUUGCUUGCCCUUGCUGGUUUAGCUGCUGCUAUUAUAUUGACGGAACUUACUGUGACGGAUGUUUUUGCAUGCAUCUUAGCAUUCAUACCCACUGGCUGGGGAAUUCUCUCAAUUGCUGCAGCAUGGAAGCCUCUAGUCAAGAAAAUAGGUGUUUGGAAGUCUUUCCGUUCAGUUGCUCGUUUGUAUGAUGCGGGUAUGGGGAUGCUCAUUUUCAUCCCAAUCGCACUAUUUUCUUGGUUCCCCUUCAUUUCAACAUUUCAAACCCGGCUUAUGUUCAACCAAGCGUUCAGUCGAGGGCUGGAGAUAUCUCUCAUCCUUGCUGGAAACAAUCCGAACACUGGUUUAUAAUCUCUUUACCUUCCUCUGAUCUUGUACAGAGAAAAGUAGUUCAGUUCAUAUUGUUGUAUCAGUUUUAGGAGUUUUUGGUAGAGAACUUUCUGUUAUUAGUAAUUAUUGAACCGAGUCUUUUCCUCGUUUAUCUAUGUUGUAAAUCUGUCAAUGUAUAGUUUUAGGAUAUGUUGAGCUAUACCAGAUGAAUGAGUAUUAGAUAAUGGCUAUUUUAGGUGUAGUCUAUCCAUUAUAAUUUUGACUAGGCACUGUAUAUGCUCCCUCACUAUUAUUGCACUUAUAUUUUGAGCUGCCACUGAUUAUUUGCA